AAACAUAACCGUUUAGAACACCGAGGGGAGUUGCUCAUACACUGUACUUAUCCGCAAUGAAGACAUGAAGCACCUGAUAGAUCGACUGUGCAUUGUAUUCAUUUUUAAAUUAGUCUCAUUAUGGAUUCUUCUCCUCCACUGCACAUUGAGCUCCACUUUCCGAAUUGUCCCCGUGGAGGUUUGCCCAGGAAACGAGACUGAAGUCAUUGAAGCCUCUGAGAAACUUAAUUGUUCGUUUGGUUUCCACGAGACUAAGAAUGAGUAUCACUGUGUCCCCUUCUCAAACUUCACACAACUUGUCGAGUUUUGUUAUCCGAAAACAAGUGGAUUAAUAGAAAAAGGACGUUGUAUGAUCCUUGAGGGAGACACUUUGGAUGAUCGGGAGUGUAACCUUUUUAAGAAUGGCUGUCCUGACACACAUUAUACUUCUGAGACAAUGUACAAAUACAAGUUUCAUCCAACAGCACUCAGAACACCACAACAGAGGAAACGAUCACCGUGAAUGUGAAUACAGCAGCAUGGGUUAUAGCUAUAGGAAUAUUAAUUCCCGUCUUGGUUCUUCUGUCUCUAACAGCACUGGUUUAUUACAAAUUCCAAACAACACAAAAAAGAACCAAACAGAGAAGUGAUGUUGAAGAAAUGGACAACCUUUUGGAAGGCCAAUCUUUCCGGGAAAUUGAUCUUCCAAUAGAAAAUUCCCCAUCCUUGAUCACGGAAGAUGAAAAAACUGAAAUUGAAGACUAUGCCACAGACGACGAGUUUCGAAAGCGUUUCCAGCAAUACCUAGAAGAGGGAUCGGUGGAUGUUUGUCCAAUAUCACAAAUUAUUAUUGUUGGGGAGAAUGGAGUAGGGAAAACAACUCUUCUCUAUCGACUUCAAGGAAGAAGUCAGGAGGAAAUAGAUGAAAUAAAAACAACGAUAGGCGUAGACUGUCACACACAAAAAUUCGGAUUCAUCGUGACAAAUGACCAACUUAAAAUAAACCAAGAAGGGAAGAGUCAUUUGGCAGUGUCACCGGAAAACGUUCUAGCAGAAGGAAAUUCAGCACAGAAUUCGAAGGAGGAGCCUAUCAUCAAGGAAGACGACGCGAAUGAUGUGAAGGAAAUUGGAGAUGGUGGAAAUACUUCUUCGUUCAAGUCACAUUAUAGACAUCUAAUGAGUAAAGAAGAUGAAGUUCCACCUGACGAGAGGAAAUCCGCAAGGGAAGGACUUAACGCUUUACAAGCAUCACAAAAGACAGAAGAAGAAACUAUCAUUGAUGAGGGGACGAACACAACAGAGGGAGCUAAAACUUUCAAAGAUAAAUCAGCUGGAAAUAUAGAAGAAAGUUAUCCCUCCGCAUCAGAGAAAAAUACAAAUUAUGAACAAACGGACGAGAAUACAAAUAUGAACACACGAGUCAAAACUACCAAAAGUGUUUCAAGAGUUCCAGGAAAAAAUUUGAAAAAGAAUCUGAUGUCAAUCGUACAACAAAAGUUAGCAGAAAAUCUGGAUAUCGGGAUGCAACUAAGGAAGAAGAAUGAUGUUGUGUUGAAUGUUUUAGAUUUCGCCGGUCAGGGGGCAUAUUACGCGUCACAUCAGACAUACAUUCGCAAAAACGCAAUUUAUGUAAUUGUUUUCGACGUUUCAAGAGAUUUAGACGAGAGAAAAGUAGUUCCUUUUGGCAGACCAUGCUCGUUAUUUUCAUGCUGGACUCAAAAAGGCAAGUAUCACAUUACCUUGGAACAUUUAUGCACACGUUUAUGCAUAUAUAACACGGUUAAGUUAAAGACCCAUCUAAAGACCGCACGGUCAGUGAAAAUGUAG